AAACCAACAUCAACAACCGCUGCUUCGUGACUUAAUGUCGCUCUGAGUUUUUAACAUUAACUUCCACCAUGGCUGACGACUACUACCAAACACUGGAGAUAAACAAAAACGCGACAGACGCGGAUAUCAAAAAGGCAUAUCGACGUCUCGCGUUGAAGUUUCACCCAAAGAGCAGCAAAGAAGCAGGAAGCACAGAGAGGUUCAGUCAGCUGGGGGAAGCCUACGAGGUUCUCAGCGACCCUCGGAAAAAGGCAACAUAUGACAAAUUUGGUUUGGAGGGACUAAAGGGUGGGAUUCCACCUGAGUUUGGCCGAGGUGGGGCCUGGUCCUCCAAAUAUGCCUACCACGGGGAUCCAGAAAAAACAUUUAAACAGUUCUUUGGAGGUGACAACCCAUUUGCAGUAGACUUCUAUACAAAUGAUGUACCGCUUCAGUUUGGUGGCCUGCAAUCAGUCGUGGUGAAGACACAAGACCCCCCAAUAGAGAGAGACCUGCAUUUGUCCCUGGAUGAUCUGUUCCUCGGGUGCACAAAAAAGAUUAAGAUAUCACGCAGGGUUAUGAAUGAGGGUGGAUACACAUCUAGUAUCAAAGACAAGAUCCUCUCUAUAGAUGUUAAUCCUGGAUGGAAAGAAGGCACAAGAAUUGUUUUCUCCAAAGAGGGAGAUCAGGGACCCAACAGCAUCCCUGCAGAUAUUGUGUUCAUAGUGCGGCAGAAGAGUCAUCCUCUGUUUGAAAGACAAGAUGAUGAUCUGAUCUACAAGACCCAAAUCUCUCUGGAGAUGGCCUUGACUGGCUUCUCUGUGAAUGUGCCGACAAUAGAUGGAAGGCUACUCAAUAUUCCCAUCAACGACAUUGUGCACCCUAGAUACAGUAAAGUGGUGCCCGGAGAGGGAAUGCCACUUUUCCAGGAUCCUUCACAGAGAGGAGACCUCAUUAUUCACUUUGACAUCCAGUUCCCCGAGAAGCUCUCCGUUGACAGAAAGCAUCUGAUCAAAAAAGCCUUGAAAUAAAUAUCUAUCACAUUUUAA